GUUUCUCAGCUCUUGUUUGUGUGUGUGAGUGAUGUUUCUCCGCCAUUAAAAUUUCUGAGCCGAGAAUUGAAAUAGGUUUCAAUUUUUCUAUAUCGGCGAAAAUCUUAAACAUCCCCCUUUCAUUACUUGUAAUAUUUAGCCAUAUUUCGUGCACAAACAGUUUAUCCGAUGGCUGACAGAGACACAGAUGAGUUAAACAUCGAUAAUGUAAUAAAAAAAUUAUUAAAAGUACGAGGCGAGAAGCCUGGUAUGAAUGUACAGUUAACGGAAAUCGAGAUUAAAGGGCUAUGCUUGAAAUCACGAGAAAUAUUCCUUUCACAACCGAUAUUACUUGAAUUGGAGGCACCGUUAAAAAUAUGCGGUGACAUCCACGGCCAGUACUAUGACCUGUUAAGGCUGUUUGAAUACGGCGGCUUCCCACCAGAGUCCAAUUAUUUGUUCCUCGGAGACUAUGUUGAUCGUGGGAAACAGUCUUUAGAAACCAUAUGCUUACUACUGGCAUAUAAGAUUAAGUAUCCAGAGAACUUCUUCUUACUACGAGGGAAUCAUGAGUGUGCUAGCAUUAAUAGGAUUUAUGGGUUCUAUGACGAAUGCAAAAGGAGGUACAACAUCAAACUAUGGAAAACAUUCACGGACUGCUUCAACUGCUUACCAGUGGCUGCGAUAGUUGACGAGAAAAUCUUCUGCUGCCACGGCGGUCUGUCGCCCGACCUGCAGGCCAUGGAGCAGAUCCGGCGGAUCAUGCGGCCGACCGACGUGCCCGACCAGGGGCUGCUGUGCGACCUGCUGUGGUCGGACCCCGACAAGGACACGGCCGGCUGGGGCGAGAACGAUCGUGGGGUCAGCUUUACGUUCGGCGCUGAGGUGGUGGGCAAGUUCUUAUCGAAGCACGAGUUCGACCUGAUCUGCCGCGCGCACCAGGUGGUGGAGGACGGCUACGAGUUCUUCGCCAAGCGCCAGCUCGUGACGCUCUUCUCCGCGCCCAACUACUGCGGCGAGUUCGACAACGCGGGUGCGCUGAUGUCAGUGGACGAGACGCUCAUGUGCUCGUUCCAGAUUCUGAAGCCGGCGGACAAACGCAAGCUGUACUCCGGCCUCAACAUGGGCCGCCCCAACACGCCGCCGCGCGCGCAGCCUAAGAACAAAAAGAAGUGA